AGAGCUGCGCGUUCUCCUCUGCCUCCCGCCCUGCCAUUAGCUGUCACCUCAGCAGCCAGCAGAAGCCAUGGGCAACUGGGAGUCCCGUCUGUAUUCAGUGCCUCCUCAGAAACUGGGUGAGUUUGUCCAGAACUCCCUGAGACCCUUUGAAGAUUGUCAGAACAAGAUCGACAAGACCGUGAACACCAUCUGUGCUGUCCUGCAGGAAGCUGAGCAGUUCCCCCUGGUCAUAAGUGUGGCUAAAGGUGGCUCCUAUGGCAGGAAAACGGUCUUAAGGGGCAACUCCGAUGGUACCCUCGUUGUCUUCGCCAGUGACUUUGAGCAAUUCCAGGAUCAGACAAAAAGCCCAUCUGAAAUCCUCCACAAAAUCCGGGACGUGCUGAGAGUCUGGCAGCUCACAACGGAGUUGGCAGCCCAGGUGGAGGUCCAGAUGGUCAGUGGUACGCUCACCAUCCAGCUGUCCACAAAGAGGCAGAGCAUCACUUUCAAGGUGCUGCCUGCCUUCAAUGCUCUGGGCUUGAGCGACAAGCCCAGCACCUGGACCUAUUUAGAGCUCAAAAGAGCCUUGGAUCAGACACACUCUAACCCCGGUGAGUUCUCCGUCUGCUUCACAGAACUCCAGCAGAAGUUUUUUAAAAACCACCCCAGAAAACUGAAGGAUUUGAUCCUCUUGGUAAAGUACUGGUAUGAACAGUGCCAGGAAAAGCUGAAAUAUGCACCUCUGCCACCUGUGUAUGCUCUGGAGCUGCUUACAGUCUACGCCUGGGAACAGGGUUGCAGAACAGAAGACUUUGAUAUAGUUGAAGGCAUCCGGACUGUUCUGGGGCUAAUCCUGCAGCAGGAGCAGCUGUGUGUCUAUUGGGUCAUCAACUACAACUUCGAGAAUGUGACCAUCCGGAACAUCCUGCUGAGCCAGCUCCGAUCAUCGAGGCCAGUAAUCCUGGAUCCAGCAGACCCAACCAAUAAUGUGAGCAAAGAUAAGAUGUGCUGGCAACUGCUAAAAGAAGAAGCUCGAAUCUGGUUGUCUUCCUCUGGUCUGAAUGAGUCACCCGGACUAUCCUGGAAUGUUCUGCCAGCACCGCUCUACACCACCCCUGGCCAUCUUCUGGAUAAGUUCAUCAAGGACUUUCUCCAGCCCAACAAAAUCUUCCUAGAGCAGAUCGAGAGGGCUGUUAAAAUCAUCCGUACGUUCCUUCAACAUAAUUGCUUUCAACAUUCGACUACGAAGAUUCAGAAGAUUGUCCAGGGAGGGUCAACCGCCAAGGGCACAGCUCUGAAGAACGGCUCGGACGCCGACCUUGUCGUGUUCCCAGACUGGCUGAAUAGCUACACCUCCCAAAAAAAUGAGAGAUCCAGAGUCAUCAGAGAAAUACAUAAACAGCUGCAAGCCUGUCAGCAGAAGCUGGAUUUGGAAGUGAAGUUUGAGAUUUCAAAAUGGAAGGCUCCCAGGGUGCUGAGCUUCUCACUGAAAUCCAAAGUACUCAACGAAAGCAUUGACUUUGAUGUCCUGCCUGCCUUUAAUGUGUUAGGCCACAAGAAUUCCCACACUGCCCCCAGCCCCAGUGUCUAUUCUGAGCACAUCAAUCUGUACAGCUCCUCAGAUGCCCUGGGGGGAGAAUUUUCUACCUGCUUCACGGAGCUGCAGCGCGACUUUGUUCUUUCCCGGCUCACAAAACUGAAGGAUUUAAUUCGCCUGGUGAAGCACUGGUACAGACAGUGUGAAAAGAAAUUAAAGCAGAAGGGGAAUCUACCCCCAAAGUAUGCCCUGGAGCUGCUCACCAUCUAUGCCUGGGAGCAGGGCAGUGGCACCACGAAUUUUAACACCGCUGAAGGUUUCCGUACGGUCCUGGAAUUGAUCACAAAAUACCAGCAGCUCUGCAUCUUCUGGACGGUCAAUUACAACUUGGAAGAUGAGACAAUGAGGAACUUCCCACUGACCCAGAUCCAGAGAACCAGGCCUGUGAUCUUGGACCCAGCCGAACCUACUGGUGACGUGGGUGGAGGGGACCGUUGGUGUUGGCAUCUUCUAGCAAAAGAAGCUACCGAAUGGAUGUCCUCUCUGUGCUUCAAAGAUGGGACUGGAGAACCUGUUCAAGCAUGGAAAGUGCCAGUAAGAAUAAUCUAAAGGAAGUGCCAUCUGGAGUUGGCCCCAUGCCAGGCUUAAAUCAAAGUGCUCCUCCCACUGUAGCAAUUUAGAAUUCACUCAGCUGCAAAUCACAGAUAGCCCCGCUCAGCAGCUUAAACAACUGCUUUUUCUUUCCAUUACCAGACAUCCCAAGGCAGGCAAUCCAGGACCCACGCAAUAGCUCCCUCGUGCUUUCUCCCACCGUUGCUCCCACCGAAGCACUACUGACAUUCAGGGUGGAUAGUUCCUUUAGUUGGGGCUCUCCUGGGCAGGGCAGGCCCACCAGAGGCCAGGAGCACCCCCAGCAUGACAACCAAUUUCUCUAGACAUUGCCAAAUGUCCCCAGGGACACAGUCAUCCCCAGCUCUUUCUGGCUCUGUCUUCUUUAGUUGUUGAUUUUAGUCCGCACAGCAUUGUACCUCCAGGUGGUGGGUUCAUGGUCAAGGCAGGAAGAAGAGAACGGGGAAGAUACCUCCCCAGGGGCUCCUCUUAGCAGCCUCCUCCAGCAAUUCACUUACAUUUCAUCGCCCAGAAUGGUCAUGUGGCGGCUACCUGUAACUUCAGAGUGGCUCCAGAGAGGCAGGUGAGGAUGAGUAGAUGGGAGGUAGGUUGGCCAACCAAGAACAUCUGCCACACCUGUCCAAACCUCCACCUCCUAUCACAAUACCUGCCACCAGGUGGGCUUGGCUCCCCCAACAAGUUCUUUCUAAGCACAGUUUCUCAGCCUCGGCAGCUAUUGACAUUCUGGCCAGAUAAUUCUUUGCUGUGGAGGCUGUACCCUGCGUUAGAGGAUGUUUGACCAAGUCCCAAGGCUCUUCCCACGAGAGGCCACCCAGUAGUGACAGUCAGAAAUAUCUCAAGGCAUUGCCUCUGACCCACUGGGAGCAAAAUCAUCCCUGACUGAGACCCUGCUCUCGAGGACACCCCGCCCACUCCAGACUCAGUUUUAGUUAUCAAAAUCUCCAUUACCAACAAGUACCAAAAAUGUGUCCCUGGUAAUGGUUACCCUUUCAGAUACAUUAUUUUUCUCCUGAUUCUUUUUAACCAAUAGUUUCUCCUGCUUAGCUUCAACUGUUUAUGCUUGCACACAUAUUUCUUUCUUUCUAGACAGUGCAGACACCAGGAAGUUGUGGAGCUGGGAUGUAUCCUAUUACCCAAGAGAUGUUCUCAUUCAGAAUUUGUAGAACCCUGGAAUAAUAAUGCUAGAAGAAACCGCUAACGGUUAUCUUGCAGUUGCUUUUAAAGAAUCAGUUCACUGCACAAGAGUGACCCAGAUAUGGCCUUCUCUUGACCAUCCCCACCACUCCUUCCUUCCUUCCUUCUUCGGCUCCUCUUGAAAUGAAGACCACCGAGUCCUUCCAAAAGUCUCUCCUUGCUGAACUGUUGCUCUCCGAGUGACCUACCUUAUCAAAAAUAUCUGCUCUCAUGCAGCCUUAUGUACUCUGUAUGUCUGUGGUCACUCAGUAUUUUUCCAAUGAGCUCCUUCCCUUUCCUUCAAGGCACAGAAGAGAGAUCUCUCUAGACUCCCAAAGUGAAGCCCUUUACCGGCCCCGGGGCUCACAUGACUCCAGGGCCUCACUCUCACACUCCGCUGGCCCACCCACACCCUGUCUGUUUCUCCCCAUAUGCAGAAGCCCGUCUGCCUCUGCAGACCUGAAGGUCUCCUAAACCAGUCGUGACCCAACCUCUCCUUAGACCUUCAAAUUCUUGGAUUAUAACUGUUUCCUGGUAUUUAUAUUAGCCUGUUGUCUUUUCCAUCUGAGCCUACCUUUUUUCCCCCACACAUGAAUGUCUUUUUGCCAAGUCUAAAGGUUUUAUCCUCUGGCAUUAGCUUCAGAGAUACUCGAAUGUCUAAGGUUUUAACCUCUACUUAUAUGUCUACUGAUAUAUCUACUUACAUGUCUACUGAGUUUUAUUACUGAUGCAUAUGCCAACAGUCAUAUAAUAAAGAAUGUAUCUGGUUUUUAUCCCCAGUUCACGGCCCACAGCUCCAAAAACCCUUGGAAAUUCCUGAUAGGGAAACCUUUUGUAUUCAUAAGCAGCCCCUCCAACCACCUUGCAUUUAUGCCAGUGAGGUUUGGGCCCUUAGGUAGUUUAAGGGAGGAAUUGGCCAUGCCAGAAAUGCCAAGCCCUUGAUUAGAGGGGUGAAACUUUCAGCCCCAUUUCCCACCCUCUCAAGGGGAAAGGGGCUAGAGAUUGAGUUCAAGCACGUGGCCAAUGAUUUAAUCAAUCGUGCUUUUAUAAUAAAACUCCAAUAAAAACUCUGGACUGCAGGGCUUGGGGAGCUUCCUGGUUGGUGAACAUACCCAUGUGCUGGGAAGAGGGCAUAUCCUAACUCCGUGGGGAUGGGAGUGUUUGUGCUUGGGGCCCCUCCAGCCCUUGCCCUCUAUGGGUCUCUUCAUCUGGCUCUUCCUUGGUAUCCUUUGUAAUAAAAUGGUGAUUGACAUAUA